AUGAUAAACACGGAUAACCUUGACGGUGCCAAGGCUUCUUAUGUAACGCUUGCAGCUUCCAUCUAUGGUAACGACAUUGUCUUGUAUGGCUGUUCGUUCGAUGGCUGGCAGGACACUCUCCCAACUGGCGCUACUACUGGCUACCAGCACUAUGAGUCUUGUUAUAUUGGCGGUGCAAUCGACUUCAUCUGGGGAUAUUCGAAAGCGUACUUCAAGGGAUGCACAGUUGGCGCGAAGCGCACGUCCUCCGCAAUUACUGCCCAUAGCAGAGCCUCGUUUUCUGCCGUUGGGGGUUACAUCUUUGACGACUGCCUCUUUACUACUGCCCUGGCGCUACAGAUGACCUUACGAAUAAGGUCUACCUUGGGCGCCCGUACUCCGCAGUUCAACAACAGCGGACCUUCAAACUGGGAAAACAACGCUGCUGCUCGUCAGGCGUUCGGAUUUGCUACCCUUCUCACCUCCGAUACAUACUCGCUCUCAUCCGUCAUGGAUUCCACCGAGUGGAUCGACACGACCUACUGGAUUUCUAUCACGACGCCUUUCCCUGCAACUGCUGCUCCUACUGGUCCCACAAACAUCACAGUAGGCCGGAAUCCGACCUUCGAUGGUACAACCCCACCAACGGGCGCUCUCGUCGUUUCUAAGAGCCCUGUCACUCGUGUCACAACUUACCAAACUAUACAGGACGCCAUGAACGCUGCACCCACUGCCAGGAAGACGAAUGCUACUAUUUUUAUAUACCCUGGUGUGUACAACGAGCAACUCAUCGUCAAUAAGUCCGGCACUACUAUAUUCAUGGGCUACAGUAGCGCUACAGAUGACUACUCUGCCAAUCAGGUUUCCAUCAAGUUCAGCCAUGGGAUUGAUACCCAAGGUACUGAUGGGAGCGAUACUGACGGUGCAACUGUAUAUGUUACAGGUAACUACUUCUACGCAUAUAACAUCAACUUUCGCAAUACAGCCGGUACCACUCAGAACAUUGCUUCUCUCGGCUUUGCAGUAAAAAGUAGCAAAUUUGCUGCGUUGUACGGCUGCCAAAUUUACGGUAACCAGGAUACGCUUAACAUUUCGGGACAUUUGUUCACCUUCAAGACAUACAUCGAAGGUAACAUAGACUUCGUUUUCGGCAACGGGGCGGCAUACUUCCUCGACUCGACUAUCUCACCCAAUGAGGAUGGUGUCAGCAUCACUGCAUUUAAAAGGACCACCAACUCUACUGCUGCAGGCCUCGUCUUUGAUCAAUGUACCCUGAAACCUGCACCUGGUAUGGGUCCCUUCAAAGAUGUUGGUCUUGGUAGACCUUGGAACAAUAAUGCGCGUGUGGCAUUUGUCGACUGCUAUCUCGAUUCCAUGAUCAGUGGAGCCGGAUGGAAUCAAUGGAGCAAGUCUUCGCCUCAAACUGAUGGCGUAGUCUUUGGAGAGUACCGCAACUACGGACAUGGCUCGAACGUCUGCGACCGUGCAUCCUUCUCGCAGCAACUUUCGGAUGCAGAUGUCGUUCAGUUCCAGCUUGGUAAUUUCUUCGCCUCGACCAAGUUUAUCGACUUUUCCCAUGUCGAUACGCAACCUUUUACAGUUGGCAUUGGCUCUGCUCAGACUUGUGCUACUGUUAUAUCGUCUGUAAUCCUGGCGUCCAGCACCUUUUCAAGUUCCGGCACAUUUUCGUCAUCAGCAAAACUGUCUCUGAGCAGCCUCUUGAGCUCCAGCACCUUGUCGUCCUCCUCAUCUCUGCCUGUCGCCACAGUCUAUACCACUGUGACAGCUGUUGACAAGCUUACGGCUAGCAGCACGUUCACGCAGCCUGAUGCAACUUCAACCACUGUUGUCAAACUCACUUCGACAGCGUCCCUCACUGGGGCGGUCGUCGUCAAGACCGAAGUGGAGAAGAGCACUGCGACUCUGUCAAUCAUGUCUCCUGAUAUCACUUCCGCAUCCACUUUCAUUGUGACCGAGAACGAUGGCCUCACAAUCACACCGGCAGCUGUUACUAAGAACAAUGUUGUCAAGGUGACGACCACGAUUGAUAGUACUACCACAGCGAAGGUCCCUACUUCAACCCUGACGGAAACGACGACCACCACAAUUGUUCAGACCUUGAACCCCAAGCCUACUACGAUCACGCAGAGCAAAGGAUCCAAUGUCACGAUUUUGAGCAAUAUCGCACCCAAGGGUGCUUCCACGACUAUCAAAACAACUAUAUCCAAAGAACCGAGCAGUACCAAGACUACCACUAUCAAGGCCAAAAAUUCAGUCACAAUCAGCACCGUGUCUCUUAAAACGGUCACAAAGAAGACGACCACAACCGAGUCCUGCAUUUUUACUGAGGCUGCUCGCAUGGUUCGUCGUGGCGCUGUCAUUCCUCGCGCAGUUGCCAGCACUACUACGAUCACAGUGAGCACGACUGUCACAAGCUUUGUCAGGACUGUCACAGCGACGCUACCUGGCUCUACUACUCUCGUUACUGAGACUUCGGUCGCCAAGAUCAAGACAUACACGCAGCCUGGCGGCACCAGCACUGUCAGCUUGACGCCAUUUGUCAAUACCAUCACCAUCGCUCAGCCGGGCUCCACAUAUCUUACCACUGUGACCUCGACUGAGAAGAUUGGAAAAAUUACGACACUAAAGGCUUCCACAACGACUAUUCUGUCCACCAGCCGCAUCACAAAGCAGCAAGUGCAAACCGUCACGCCCGAAACGGUCACUGUUAGCAGCUUGCGGACUUGCACAUCGACUUAA